AUGGCCGCCGCAUUCUCCCUUCACUGGCAUUCUGUUAAAGAAGCAUCGUUGGAGAAAGAAGCCAAGAAAGCCACGAGGAACAGAAGAAGAGACGACGAUGAUGAUGACGGCAGUGACGAUAACGAUGAUUCAACCACAAGAACAUCAAAGACACAUGAGUGUGUCUCCUCAAGUAGCUUCCCGACUUACACCAAUUCUCCUUCAUGGUUAACGGCCUCUUCGGCGUCCAGCUCAACACUUGCCAAAGAAACACUCACCGCUACGGUAGAAAUAACGACCACUGCUUUUGCUUGCACUGUUCAUACUAUUACUAGUACCUCACCGGAUCUCUUCUUACUUCCUGCCUCAACAGGCCUUGCCUCAAUUUCUGCGAACCCAGCCCCAACAAUAGUCGGCAAGCGUCCAAUCCAAACUGCAAAGACUUCCAUAAUGGUUCCAAUAUCAGCAACAUUGAUUAUCUUGUUGUUGAGCCUCGUGGGCUACUUGGUGUUCCGCAUCAGGAGAUACCGCCAAGAACGGGAGAAGAGCAAGAAAUUUAGUGCCAAUGAAAGUAGAAGCAAUCGACAGUCAAGCGUCUGCGAGCUUGAUACCAACCCUGCCAUUCACCAGAGAAGAACAUGGUACGGUUGGCUUCGGGAAAGCUUUAUUGCCCCAAAAGCGCCAGUGCAAAUCCGCACUUCACAUGUAAAUCGGGUUCCUGACUACGACAGCUACUUCACAUGGGCUCACCGAAGCAGUUCAGUCUAUAGCGUUGCUACCAUGUCUGAUAUAUCUUCUGGGUACGGGACUUACGGAUCCCAACACGCUCUUCCCACUGGAAGUCUUGGCAUUCGUGUGGAGCCUACAAAGUCUUCGGUGGUGUACUAG